AUGGGAAAACUAGAUGGAAAAAUCGCUUUGAUUACUGGAGGAUCAGAAGGUAUUGGCUUUGCAACAGCUGAACGUUUUAUUCUUGAAGGUAUUGAACAUGUUUUCAUAACUGGACGAAGACAAGAAAAACUCGAUGAAGCUGUGAAGAAAAUUCAAUCCAAUCGAAUAACGGCUGUUCAAGGCGAUGCAUCAGAUCUGAAUCAUCUCGAUCGAUUAAUCGAUAUUAUUCGUGAGACAAAAGGACGAUUAGAUAUUAUAUUUGCCAAUGCAGCAAGUUGUUCAUUUGCUCGAUUUGGUACAAUUACUGAAAAGCAUUUUGAUGAAACAUUUAAUGUCAAUGUCAAAGGUGUUUUCUUUACAAUUCAAAAAGCAUUGCCAAUUCUAGUUAAUCGAUCUUCAAUUAUUAUUAAUGGAUCAAAUUCUUCGAAUAAAGGAGAUCCAGAUUUAACUGUUUAUUGUGCAACAAAAGCUGCUUUACGUUCAUUUGCUCGUUGUAUGACAGUCGAUUUAAAAGAACGGCAAAUUCGUGUUAAUACACUGAGUCCAGGAGCAAUUGAUACACCUCUUCUUAGAUCGAUGGGAAAUACGCAAGAUGAAGUCGAAAAUAAUCUUAAAAUGUGGACAGAAGCAACACCGAUGAAUCGUCUUGGAACACCAGAUGAAGUUGCAAAAGCUGUAGUGUUUCUUGCUUCCGAUGAUAGUUCAUAUAUAACGGGAAUUGAAUUAUUUGUUGAUGGCGGUUUAUCCCAAAUUUAA